AGUAGCUCUACGCCUCAUAACAAAUUCGUUUCGACACACGCCGCCAGCAUCGCGAUCUCGCAGGUCGUCUCGUCGUGAAUGAACACAGUUCUUACAAGAUUUGCGAGAAUGGUUGUGAAACACAAAGUAACCGGGUACGAGGAGUUUACGAAGUUGGCCGAAAGCCUGGAAAGCAGCGGACAACCGGUGCACAUCCUGUUCACGGGCAGCAAGGAUGACAACGGUGAAAGCUGGUGUCCGUACUGCGUGAAGGCUGCUCCCGUUGUCACUAAAGCCUUGGAAACAGCACCGGAGAAAAGCCAUUUUAUUACGGUUGAAAUUGAACGCCCAUUCUGGAAGGAUCUGAAUUGUCCGUACCGCAAGGACCCCCGGACGCAUCUGGUGUUCCUUCCCACGCUACUGAGGUGGCGAUCGCCCCAACGCCUGGAUGGGUCCCAAUGCGCCAAUGCUGAUCUAGUGGAAAUGUUGUUCCAAGAUGAGGAUUGAUCAGGCCAAAUGCGCGGACACAAUCCCUGUCGCUGGUUUGGAUGGAAUCAGUGUAAAGUUGAAAUGAAUUUAUUUUGGAAUUUUUUUAUUUGAUUCGACCGCCUGCAAUAUCGACUGCUCGAUGUCGUAAUAAAUGUUACAAUGUUUUUUUCGACUAUUCUUUCCACUAAACCAAUAAAUAACAAAAUGAAGUACGUAAGUUGUCCUUA